AUGAUUUUCAUACGACAUGGUUAUCGAGGUCUUCAGAGAAGUGCUGUGGAUGCAUUUUGCUUCCGAAAGUUCGUUGAUGGUAAUGUACAGCAAGCAGUGGAGGUCGAUGAUAAAUGGAAUGAGGUUGGAAAACGGAAUGUUUCGGCCAGGGAUUCUGUCUCAGAUGCGUUUGAUAAAAAGGAAGAUUUUGCAUCAAAAGAAAUAAAUAUCGUUGAUAGAACUCUAACACUUCAAAAUGCUUUCUCGACACGACGGAAGAAGCAAAAAGUAGAGGCCAAUCGAUUUCGAUCCAUUAUAUAUUCAGAGGGAGAAAUAGAUAAGUCGAACUUUAUGCAACCGCCAUCAAGGGACAAUCCACUUCCUUUCGAUCCGACUACAAAUCCGUCAUUGUUACCUCCUACACACUCAUGGUCUAUUGCUCAUUAUGUAAAUCAUUUACCAGUGUUGCAGGUACUUGUCGAACUGGGCAUGGAUUUAUUUGAGGUGGAUUCAGUGACAUGUAUCGGUCGUAAGCUGAUGAAAUUAGAUUGGGAAAGUGAAGUAAGACCGAAACUUGUUUGGUUAAUUCAUCAAGUCGGUAUGCCCAUAAACGAUGUUGGCUCAUAUUUAACACGAAAUCCGUAUUUCUUAUUACAAGAUUUAGAGAGCAUGCAGGUGCGAUUAAAUUACCUCUAUACAAAGCAGCUGACUAAAGCAAAAAUUCUUAAAAUCGUGAAAAACAAUAGGUUUUGGUUAAAUACAGACGUCAAAACGACAGAUGCUCGCUUGGGGUGGAUUCAAAAGACUUUUGAGCUGACAGGGGAUGAAAUGCGUCAACUCAUAGUCACCGAACCAAGAAUUAUUAUGUACGGUGUUGGAUCGAUUGAACGACUUGUUACUAUGUUGAACGAAGAGCUGGAAUUUACAAAAGAACAAGUUAAGGCAAUUUUGCUGAAAGAUCCGAGAGUGUUCAUGAUGGAGUCGAAUGCUUUACAUACAACAUACAAUUACCUUCAUCACACUGUGCAUCUAUCAAACAUUCAAAUUUCUGAAUGGCCAUUAUGUUUGAGAUUUUCCAUUGGAGCAAUACGCAGACGACACGAAUUUUUGGUACAGUUACACAAAGCUGAUUAUAACGAAGGUUCACCGAACUAUGUACAUCUUAGCUCUCUAUUACAACCAUCCGAUCAAAAAUUUGCUCUUAAUGUGGCGCACACAUAUUUGAAUGUAUAUAAUGCUUUCUUGAAAAACUAUUGA